UCGGCGUCGGCAUUUCCUUGCCAAAGGACUUGUCCCAACUUGUUCCAAAGUGGAAACGCACCACCACGCUGGAAAUGGCACGUUUCAAACAUCGGAUCAAUUUAAUGUCUUAAACAUGACUUAAAGGUGUGGAAGAGCUUUGUUUCGAAGGUUGCCAAUAAUCCACGACCUCAACCUGUCGCGGAGCCAACUCAAAGAUCCCAAACCUGAGAUAUCGAUAUCGAUGUCACUGAAACAAUUUGAGUCAUUUCAAUGGAUCGAGAGAAAUAAAAAUGAUCGUUACAACGCUUGAUGGGGUAACGAAGAAAAGCGAUGACAUCCACUGCUUUCGCGGCGGGCCUCAUUUUGGUAUCCAUCAUCGGCCUAACCUUAAACAUUUAUAUUUUGGUCGUGGUGUUACUUACAAGACAGGUGUCAUCGGCGAACAAUUUACUUCUACUCCAUUUAGGCGUGGUCGACACUCUUUUGGGGGUCCUCUUCCUGUCGUUUUCCGGGCCCGGAUUAACCAAGGAAAAUUGGUUUUCAAUCGGGCCACCAUGCGCAUUCCACGGUUUUCUAUUUACGCUCCUUCAUCCGUUACUUUUAUGGACCGUUUGUGGAUUAAACUGUGAUAGAUACUACGCGAUCGCUUCUCCACUUCAUUACGGACAUUUAGUUAACUCAAAAAAAAUUCUUCUUGGUUUAGGAGUGGGUUGGACGGUGUCUUUAGCACUUUGCGUGCCUCCCCUUUUUACAAUAGCCCCGUAUAGAUACAUCGAGGGUUUAGGAGCUUGCGCCCCGGAUUUUUCGGGGAAUGGAACUCUUUGGUAUUCGGCCGUUUACACCGCGAUAACUCUUUUAUUGCCGGCUACGUUAAUUAUUUGUUGUAAUAUGAAGAUUUUGAUGAUAGCUCGUUAUCAUCGGCAUAGAAUCGCCUCGGCUAUUUACGAGGUUACAUUAUCAGCCCAAGUUACCAUAACGCAUCAAAGAAAUCCCUUUUUUGUCCCAACCGUGACAGCUCCUUCGGCGGGUGGGCCAAAAUUCCGGGGGAGAAGCGCUUGGUACUCAGUUUUGCAGCUUUUAGGCUCAUUUACGAUUUUAUAUUUCCCUUAUUACAUCGUGAUCAUGUGGCAAUCAUCCAUAACAUUGUUGUCACCAUCAAAUAAUUUUCAUAAAAGCAUCCACCCCCAUUUUUUUUCCAUUAUUUUCACUUUAUUAACGUGCUCACCUUCAAUUAACGGCUUUUUAUACGGGGUCAAAAACAAAACGAUUCGGAAAUCGUUUCAAAAUUAUUGGAGAAAAAAGUUAUCAAAAAACGAGAUGAAUCAGGAAAUUCAAGCCCGAACUCCAUCAACGUGUGGGUCUCGAAGACAAUCGUUAACGCCCCUCGGAUUCUUAUCAAAACCAACGUUACAAAGAAGGUUAUCCGAGGCGCUUUUAGAAGUUCAAAAAAGCCCCCAACGAUCAAAAAUUAAAAGGAUUGCAUCGGAAUCAACGUGGAAAAAAGAUUCCUCGGGGAGUUUAAACCUUUCCCCAACUAAUCCGAGGAAAAUAAUUCAAGCGAAAAGUUGUAACACUUUGGAAGUACCAAAAAUUAGCGACGAAUUUUCCGAAAAGCUAUCGCAACAACUAUCAAUGGUUAACGAAAAUUCUUCAACAAAACCAUCAAAUAUCCUCCAAAAAUUUUUUUUGGUUGAAGAUCAACCCCAAAAAGAAAUCAAUUCUCCCAAAAUUUUAAUAACCCGCGCAUUUUCAGAGGAAAGCGACAAAAACUCACCCCCAAAAGAUAUCCAUAAAACACAUUCCACGACAUCUCUAUUAGAGAAAAAAUGGAAAUCUUAUUUUUACCAACAAGGAGAAGAGGAGGAAGAAAAAACGAUGAAACCACUCCUUCAAAGCGAAUCAGAACCUUUAAAAGAGAUUUCGGAAAACGGGAUAAGAAAAAACAAUUUUCAAAAAACCCAGGAAGUUAUUUUAUGAAGAAUUUCAAUUUAUUUUUUCAAUGUGAUGUCUCUAUGUGAUACAAUGUCCGUUCUUCGUUUAGAUAUAAAUCAAUUAUGGAUGUCCAACGGUAGAUCGACGAACAAUAAAUAAUAAAUUAAUUAAAAUAGAAUUAGAGCACUCGUUUUUCGAUGUCUACAGGGUACAACCAACAAUCAAGAGGAAAUUUAAAAACAGACAAAUAAGCUAUGUAUAUUUGUUACAUAUCCCAAGCAGUAUUAAAUUAUAAUUAAUAAUAAUCUAUACGUUCGAUGGAAUCAAACAGAAUAAAAGAAUGUAUAUUUUAUUUUCUGCAAUUAAUAAAAAAAUGCAAUAUUUA